AUGAAACCAGGAGAGGAGAGGCCAGGACUAGAGAGAGGGGAGGACACUGCAAAAAGAGACACAUCAUUUGGACUAGUAGCCAUGGUGAAUCUAGAGAGUUCUUUUCACGGAAUGCAAGUUUAGUUAAUUGUGGUCUUGUGCUAUAACUUUUGGGGAUUUUUCUCUGGUGUCCUCAGGAGCAGAUCACUUGAGAAAAAAACCCAGAAGGGUAAGACAGAGGAGGUUUAAGAGAUGGUAGGGUAAAGCGUGCUUUAUUUUUAGUGAUUCAUCAAACACAGGAAGUAAACCAUAUUUCAAAGAAAAUCUUAAUUGCCAGGAACAGUAGGUUUCAGGGAAAUAAAAUAAAACUAGUACAAAGGAGGGCCUCAAAAUAUUUGUUUUCGAUAAUUUAGUAACAAUAUGCAAAUAACCGAUAUUGGGAUUUUCAAAAUCUAAAUAAAAGGGUAUAAACAUUUUUUUAACAUAUUUAUUUUUCUUUCUUCCAAAUAGUGCCAGUUGGGAAGGUUGACAUCUGGUACAGAUUACGGAACGUUGAUGAUAAUACAAAGAUUAUAAAUCUUUUCUGGACGGUAUGAUUUUAGUAUUUUCAAAACAGAAUUACAUGAGAUAUUAAUAUUUGAGGUAUUUAUAUGACAACACGCUUAAAAUCGUACAGGGUUUUAAUAAAUCAAUGUUAAAUGAAAGUGAAUUUCAAAUUUAAGGCCAGAGUAGCAAAAUGAAAAGCAUUGGGUACUUUUUUUUUACCCAAUGCGGUUAUUUUGACCUUACGUUUGAAAUUCACUUUAAAUGCUCGCUUAAAUGCAGAUUCUCACAGGACUAUAUACUAAAGUGAUCAUUCUUAGAGACUCAUACUUGCAUUCCAAAUGUAAUGCCAAAAUAGCUGAAUUGGAAACAUUCUACAAGUCAGCUACGCUUCCAGUGUGGUCUAAAAUGUGAUAUUCACUUUGAAUUCCCGGCAAGUCUGACUUUAGUAUAUUAGUGAGACUUGCCAGUAAAAGAGGGCAUUUUCAUCAAUUCACAAAUUCUCAGUGACUCAAUUAGACUCGACAGACUUCCAGCCUCAAAAAUGUAGAGUCCUGGGAUGAAUAAAGAGAUUCUCAAAAUCUCAAAUGAGAAUUAGCAGGCUGCCAGGAAAAAAUAUAUAUAGACUAUAGGGUAUUGGGGGACUGGCAAAACUGGCAGAUUUGUAGAGUGUAUGGAGUGAAGUGGCAGAUUUGUAGAGUGUAUGGAGUGAAUUGGCAGAUUUGUAGAGUGUCUGGAGUGAAUUAGCAGAUUUGUAGAGUGUAUGGAGUGAAUUGGCAUAUUUGUAGAGUGUAUGGAGUGAAUUGGCAGAUUUGUAGAGUGUCAGGAGUGAAUUGGCAGAUUUGUGGAGUGUAUGGAGUGAAUUGGCAGAUUUGUCGAGUGUCUGGAGUGAAGUGGCAGAUUUGUAGAGUGUAUGGAGUGAAUUGGCAGAUUUGUAGAGUGUAUGGAAUGAAUUGGCAGAUUUGUAGAGUGUCUGGAGUGAACUGACAGAUUUGUGGAGUGUAUGGAGUGAAUUGGCAGAUUUGUAGAGUGUCUGGAGUGAAUUGGCAGAUUUGUAGAGUGUCAGGAGUGAAUUGGCAGAUUUGUGGAGUGUAUGGAGUGAAUUGGCAGAUUUGUGGAGUGUAUGGAGUGAAUUGGCAUAUUUGUAGAGUGUAUGGAGUGAAUUUGCAGAUUUGUAGAGUGUCAGGAGUGAAUUGGCAAAUUUGUAGAGUGUAUGGAGUGAAUUGGCAGAUUUGUAGAGUGUAUGGAGUGAAUUGGCAGAUUUGUGGAGUGUAUGGAGUGAAUUGGCAGAUUUGUAGUGUCAGGAGUGAAUUGGCAAAUUUGUAGAGUGUAUGGAGUGAAUUGGCAGAUUUGUAGAGUGUCAGGAGUGAAUUGGCAGAUUUGUGGAGUGUAUGGAGUGAAUUGGCAUAUUUGUAGUGUCAGGAAUGAACUGGCAGAUUUGUGGAGUGUAUGGAGUGAAUUGGCAGAUUUGUAGUGUCAGGAGUGAAUUGGCAGAUUUGUAGAGUGUCUGGAGUGAAUUAGCAGAUUUGUAGAGUGUAUGGAGUGAAUUGGCAUAUUUGUAGAGUGUAUGGAGUGAAUUGGCAGAUUUGUAGAGUGUCAGGAGUGAAUUGGCAGAUUUGUGGAGUGUAUGGAGUGAAUUGGCAGAUUUGUCGAGUGUCUGGAGUGAAGUGGCAGAUUUGUAGAGUGUAUGGAGUGAAUUGGCAGAUUUGUAGAGUGUAUGGAAUGAAUUGGCAGAUUUGUAGAGUGUCUGGAGUGAACUGGCAGAUUUGUGGAGUGUAUGGAGUGAAUUGGCAGAUUUGUAGAGUGUCAGGAGUGAAUUGGCAGAUUUGUGGAGUGUAUGGAGUGAAUUGGCAUAUUUGUAGAGUGUAUGGAGUGAAUUGGCAGAUUUGUAGAGUGUCAGGAGUGAAUUGGCAAAUUUGUAGAGUGUAUGGAGUGAAUUGGCAGAUUUGUAGAGUGUCAGGAGUGAAUUGGCAGAUUUGUGGAGUGUAUGGAGUGAAUUGGCAGAUUUGUAGUGUCAGGAGUGAACUGGCAGAUUUGUAGAGUGUAUGGAGUGAAUUGGCAGAUUUGUAGAAUUUCAGAAGGUUGUACACACUUUUUUUAAAAUUGUGAUUUGCAGUGAAUGAGUAGAAUAAUAAUGAAUAUAUUUUCUGGAUGGAUGGGCAGAUUUUCAUAGUGUAAGUAUAGAUUCCCAGGUUGAAUAUACAGAUUUCUCUGAUUAGACCAUAUGACAGAUUCAUUCUUAACUGUGGUAAACCUGUUGAUACACAACUGUUCAACUUCUCUGCUUCUUUUGGUCUCAGAAUUCACAAUAAAUACAUUUUCCUAAACAUGUUGUGCUGCACAUCAGUAGCCAUUUUUAAUAGAUUUUGUAUUUCUGUUUCAGAAUAUGACUUUAUCCCAAGCAAGGGGGGUGAUCCUGUAUUACAAUGUGUUUUUUUACAAGGAGAAUUAUAGGAGCCCUGCCUAUAAAAUCACCACGAAAAACACGUGGCUUGCCACAGACAUCGACGUGACAAUAUGUAUCAUAACUGUGUCAGCUUAUAACUUGAAAGGAAACUCCCCUCCCACGUACGUUAAUGUAACUGCUCAGCGUGUUUCAGGUAAAUUUUCUUGGUGUUUAAAAUUCUUAAUUUACAAAUGUAUCUGUGGUCCAGACUCUUCUCAUGCAACGUUUUGUAACAUCAUGUUUAUGUCAAACAAUGGGGCCUGUUUUUUAAAGUUUUCUUACUGGAAUUCACCUCUUUGUAGAGUGGACCAUUCUACGCUCGGCCCGGCAUGAAAUUUUGAAUAUCAGACUUGACUACAUUACAGAAAAAUAAGAGUGUUUUUUUAUAUAACUGGAAAUUGUGGACAAUUUAGUAGGGAGUUGCUUUAAGAAACAAUUGGUUGAACUGGACAAAUUCUCCAGCAGUUACUCUUCCAGCUGUGCAAUUUUGGGGUAACUUUUUAAAUUUUUCCGCAAUUUAUGGUGUGAAUAACCCAGCUGGUAGGUGUUUAAAAUGAGCUGUUAAAUGCCAGUAAACUAGAAUUGCCAUGACUGAUAUAUUCUCAUAUUCUGGUAGAACACUAGUGCCUAUUAUUUAGGAUUUUGCUGUUCCAUGGAAACUUUUCUAAAGAUAUUAAUAUGUCCAAUCCCGUGCCCAAUCUAUACUUUCUUGCCCUCUGCUCCACCAAUCAAUGUAUUUGCCUGUCGGCCCUGCUCUCAGAGAACACUAGUUGAUGACCGCCGCUGUCUACACGUGCCAAGCUAAGAGAAGACAAGGCAGUAUGGAAUAGAGACAUACUCUACUUGGCGAUGAAAUUAAGUGUAAAUGAAUGACACUUUGGCAACAUUGCCAUCUUCAGGAUCCAACAGGCUGGGUUAAAUAUCCUGUAAUCAUCCUUUUAGUGAAUUACUAGAGGAAUUUUAACUUCUUGACCCAACUCUGUAGUUAGCAAAUAAUUCCCCAACGGAAACUGGGUACCAAUAAUACUAAAUAUAUAUAGAAAUAUAUCCAGCGCACUUACCCGUUCACUGAACAGCAAUUUCAAGUCUCUCAGAAAGUUAUAGUUUUCUUUAAAAACACCUCACCUAUUAAUUCAUCUCAUAAGAGCAGGCAUUAGGCUGUUAGAGUAGAACCUGCCGAGAAUGGAGUACAUUGAUGUUGUGGCAGGUUUAUGCAAUGUAUGAUCAUAUACUGUAACUAAACCCCCAUUUGUUUUGCCUAGGUGAUGUGUUUUUAAAUGAAACUAAUACAUUCCGUGAGACUUAAAAUUGCUGUUUAGUGAAUGAGCGAUGGCACUGGAUCUUGUAUGUAGCCCCAGCAGCACCCUAUAAUGUAUGCAUGUUCAGGCGAGCUCAGCCCUCUUGGUUUCAUUAUAUAUAGAAAUAUAUACACACACACACAAAUUACUUGGUCUCUUUCUGGUUGUUGUGGCUUGCUUUGUCUCAACCAUUAUACUAUUAAGACAGAAAUCUACGCAAUCAAUUUAUUGGCAUAUCUCGCUGCCAUUUAAAGAAUGCAGUGACCCGAUCAUCUCUCUAGCAAGACAGGAAGCUGUGGUCUUCACCAAAUAUAACUAACACUGGAAGACUAUAUUUACCGUUAAAAAGAGAGUGCUUUCAUUUAAUAUGGUGACUCAAACUGUUUCUUUCGCUCGUGUCAAAUUAUCAUAAAACCUCACAUGAACAUAAAUAAUGCUUGUGUAGUGCGGUAAAUUCAUUAUACUCUUUGAUAAAGCCAAUCAUUUAUCAUGUCAGGCAUGCUAUGAGUGAUUGAGAAACUCCUAAAAUUUAAUUUGGCAAAAGCUGGAGACUCCAGACACCAUGAAAGUUUGCAAAAACAUUACUUCCUGUUUUUCCAGAAAAUUAGGAUUUGUUUUAAUUAUCUCCUAGUGCACAAUGUUAUACUGCAGUAAAUGCUUUAAAUAUCAGCUUGAAAAUGCAGGAGAUUAUUCAGAAUAAAACAAACAGGAAUGUGUUUACUAAACACUGAAAACUGAAUGGUAACAUUCAGGCCAAAACAGGUCCAAACGUCAGGUCAAAGCAUUUUCUUCAGAUACAACUUGGAUAUUUUAGCCUGGAUUUUUAAGGGAAUAUUUUUUUUUUUCUUUGUGAAUACAUUCCUAAAUUCUAAAUUGCAUGGAAUCAUGGUAAAGGUAACCACAGUAUAAGAUAUAUACAGUAAAAACCACUGAUUGAUCUACAAAAAAGAUAACUGCAUCGUUAAAUACAAUUAAAACUAAUUUGAUCACUGAGCAAUCAGAAGUGCACUCACAGAAUGGAUGGUGGUUAAAUUGUCUCUAGGUGCCUUCCCAUACAUGGAUGGGGGGGGCUAUCCACAUAUCUCCUUCUGCACCUGCUCCCUCUUAUGGUAUAAUUAUCCAGGUAUCUCCUGGUACCUCCAUGGUAGGCAUCCAAAGUAUAGUUUAUUUUUAACAUAAAUUAAAAACAUUAAAAAGAAAAAAAGAGAAAAAAAACAGAAAAAAGUGCCUGCGUAAGGAACACAACUGUGACGGAGCUCCCGUUCUCCAAUUGAGUACCUUGAGUGUCUCCACCAGGUCCGCUACCGAGCUGCUUUCAGGGACCCGGGAAUGCUUCAGCCCCAGUUGCUGAAGCUUGAAUGGGGUCACUGAGCACUUCUUCCACCCUGGAUCAGGCUGCAGCUCUCUUCUUCCAGGCAGGUAUCUUCCCCUCUGUAUUUGCCUCUUCAGUUCCUCUCCCAGGCCGGAGUCCACACCUCAACGUGUACCUUGUGUGUGUCAAUCAAUGUGAAAUGAAAAGUGUGUCCUGUGUAUGCAAAGCAAUGUGUGCACAAAGAUGUGAAAUGGAAGGUAUUCAUGGUGUUUGGUGAGAGAGAUGUGUAACAUAGCAUGUACACUGUGACGUGUAACGCAAUGAAUUGUACAAUAUGACACAAAAAUAGCUAAUGGGCAAACAAAUAGUAUCCGAUCUAAUACCAAGGAGAUUACAGUGUGUUUGCAAAAUUAAAUAGUAUUUUGUGAGUGGGUUCCCAUGUCAAUAGAACACACCGUUUAAUACACAAACCCCAAAUCUUUACUUUCCUAAUACAGAUUUAAUGUCUCCGAUUAACGUUGCUGCUCAAGGAGCUGGUGACAAUGUAAUAGUGCGGUGGGAGGAGUCUCAGAAGAAUGAAAUGAGGUCCGUGGAUUAUUUUACCAUAGAAUGGGUAGAACGUGGUGCAAUACACUAUAACCAUCCAAACUGGAUGAAAGUGCCCAGAAAUAACAGAUCAGCAGUAAUAUCAGGUAAUUAAUAUGACUGUCUCUAAAAUGAUUACUUUCUAAUGCAUUCCUCCACUGCCUGUUAUAAAUAUGGUGUCUACUAAUGGUGUAUGUGGGUCUCCAGAUGGUGACAUGUCUACUAAUGGUGUAUGUGGGCCUCCAGAUGGUGACAUGUCUACUAAUAGUGUAUGUGAGCCUCCAGAUGGUGAUAUGUCUACUAAUGGUGUAUGUGGGCCUCCAGAUGGUGACAUGUCUACUAAUGGUGUAUGUGGGCCUCCAGAUGGUGACAUGUCUACUAAUGGUGUAUGUGGUCCUUCAUAUGGUGACAUGAAUACUAAUGGUGUAUGUGGGCCUCCAGAUGGUGACAUGUCUACUAAUGGUGUAUGUGGUCCUUCAUAUGGUGACAUGAAUACUAAUGGUGUAUGUGGGCCUCCAGAUGGUGACAUGUCUACUAAUGGUGUAUGUGGUCCUUCAUAUGGUGACAUGAAUACUAAUGGUGUAUGUGGGCCUCCAGAUGGUGACAUGUCUACUAAUGGUGUAUGUGGGCCUCCAGAUGGUGAUAUGUCUACUAAUGGUGUAUGUGGAUCUUCAGAUGGUAACAUGUCUACUAAUGGUGUAUGUAGGCCUCCAGAUGGUGACAUGUCUACUAAUGGUGUAUGCGGGGCUUCAUAUGGUGUCAUGUCUACUAAUGGUGUAUGUGGUCCUCCAGAUGGUGACAUGUCUACUAAUGGUGUGUGUGGGCCUCCAGAUGGUGACAUGUCUACUAAUGGUGUAUGUGGGCCUUCAUAUGGUGACAUGUCUACUAAUGGUGUAUGUGGGCCUUCAUAUGGAGACAUGUCUACUAAUGGUGUAUGUGGUCCUCCAGAUGGUGACAUGUCUACUAAUGGUGUAUGUGGGCCUUUAUAUGGUGGUAUGUCUACUAAUGGUGUAUGUGGGCCUCCAGAUGGUGACAUGUCUACUAAUGGUGUAUGUGGGCCUUCAUAUGGGGACAUGUCUACUAAUGGUGUAUGUGGUCCUUCAUAUGGUGACAUGUCUACUAACGGUGUAUGUAGGCCUCCAGAUGGUGACAUGUCUACUAAUGGUGUAUGUGGGCCUCCAGAUGGUGACAUGUCUACUAAUGGUGUAUGUGAGCCUCCAAAUGGUGAUAUGUCUACUAAUGGUGUAUUUGGGCCUCCAGAUGGUGACAAGUCUACUAAUGGUGUAUGUGGGGCUUCAUAUGGUGACAUGUCUACUAAUGGUGUAUGUGGUCCUCCAGAUGGUGACAUGUCUACUAAUGGUGUGUGGGCCUCCAGAUGGUGACAUGUCUACUAAUGGUGUAUGUGGGCCUUCAUAUGGUGACAUGUCUACUAAUGGUGUAUGUGGGCCUUCAUAUGGGGACAUGUCUACUAAUGGUGUAUGUGGUCCUCCAGAUGGUGACAUGUCUGCUAAUGGUGUAUGUGGGCCUUUAUAUGGUGGCAUGUCUACUAAUGGUGUAUGUGGGCCUCCAGAUGGUGACAUGUCUACUAAUGGUGUAUGUGGGCCUUCAUAUGGGGACAUGUCUACUAAUGGUGUAUGUGGGCCUUCAUAUGGGGACAUGUCUACUAAUGGUGUAUGUGGGCCUUCAUAUGGGGACAUGUCUACUAAUGGUGUAUGUGGUCCUCCAGAUGGUGACAUGUCUACUAAUGGUGUAUGUUGGCCUUCAUAUGGUGAUAUGUCUACUAAUGGUGUAUGUGGGCCUCCAGAAGGUGACAUGUCUAUGCAGGUGGCUCUCCAGGACCAUCAAUAGCCUAGGUUUCAUUGAUUUUCUCAUUAGUGUGAGCUUGAUUAAUCCUUAAAUUCUGGUCCUGUUAACGGUCUACACAAUAUACAUUUCCUAUGAAGAACUAGAAUAUUCAAAUUGUUCUCAGAAUAUUUCUAUUUUGUCAGAUUUUUUUUUUCAUGAUCACGUGGGCCCAUGAUUCCUUUCAUCAGACUAAAAGGAGAUGUUAAAUAAUCUGCCAUCCAAUUGCAACUCGUUGAAUCAUCUAGCUUGUUUUACUCAGGUAAUUUAAAACCCUGGACGUGUUACGAGCUCCGUGUUUAUCCAGUAUUGGGAGAAAGAGCCGGAAUACCUGGGAGAACCUCAGGAUCCAUCAAAGAGAAAGGUAAGGGUGAAACAUUAUGCUUGCCAGGGUCCAUCCAGUCUCACAAUGUAUAGGGCGAGGUAGGGAAAUCCUGUGGAGGACAGGAGGUAUAUUUCUUACAUGAAAUUUACUUUAUCUGUUUUUAUUAUUUAUGGAAGGGUUUAAUAGUUUAAAAACCCUGAUAAAUCAAAGAACAUAUAGUGAGGGUGGGAGAUGAGACAUUUUAUAAAAGACUUCUAGUUGGAUUCUUGCAGGCACGCUCACAGUGAGAAGCUGGUUACUUCCAUUGCCAGCGUACAGUACGUGCUCUGACAGACAGACUUUUAGCUCAGGACUAACAUUGGGCAGUGCAGAAUAGAUUUCCAGCCUGUCUAAGUCAUGUGUGCUGUGGCACAAAAUUCUAGAGCAGGUGUAAUCCUGGUGGUUGGAAUACUCAUUUAAAGGAUUAAUACCAAAUUACAAUCAUGAUUUAGCAUGAGCAGAGCUGUGUCGCUCCUCUAACUCUAAAUAUCCAGGAGAUACACGCUGGCACCGAAUCAUCACUGGUUAGUUUGUGAAAGAAAAUUCAAAAGUGGCUUAUAGGUACAUUAUACAGAAUUAUUCACUAAAGUGAAAAAUUAAAGUGAAUCUCAAAUUUAAAGACAAAAUAACAGAAAUUUAAAUGUUCUCUAAGUCAGUUAUGCUUUCCGUUUAGCUACUCUAGUUCUAAAUUUGAAAUUCAAUUUGAAUUUUCUAGGUAGAAAUUAAACUUGUGCACCAAUGUGUUUCAGCUGGAAUAAUGCUUUUUAAUCUGUGCCUAAAGAAAUCGAUCCUGCCAGGAUUUACGUGAGGAGUCUUAUUUAUCGAGUCAUUUGAUUUGUUUAUCCCAGCCGACACGCAUUCUUGCGCAAGUCUCGUGGAAAACAGAAAACACUGUGACGUCAUUUUUAUGGCAACUAAUAUUCACCCUGUCUCCUUUUUAUUUCGUGGUUCAUUGUUUCUCAAGCUCCACUUUCCAGUCCUGAAUUUCACGUUAAAAUAUUGGAUCACCGUAGCGUGUUGGUGACAUGGGAAGAGCUCCCCCCCAGAGAGCAAAUGGGCUGUAUUGUCAAGUACACUAUUUAUAUUAAGAAUACAAUCUUCAGCUUUACCAGUCAGGUUACAUGUGAGUAAUUUAUAUAUGACCAAAAAGAAAAAUAAUCAAAAUAAAAUUAAAAAACAUAUUGAAGCAUUUGCAUUGAGAUAUAUAUAUAUAUAUAUAUAUAUAUAUAUAUAUAUUAUUCUUUAUUUUUCAAUGACAGACAGUACAUAGUAUCAACAAUAGUACGGCUUUUGCAAAAGCCAAAGUAAUGGUUCAGACAGAUUUGGCUGACGUAUUGUGGUUUAUAUGCAAUUCUGUCAAGGUUUUUGACCUUUUUUUCUUACAAAGAAAGAACCAAAUAACAUUUUAAGCUAGUUACAACAGCAUUUAUUUAUUAAAAUUGGAAUCAGAGAGAUUUAAAAAGGCAGUUAAAUAUUUUUGCCCCAAAUUAGAAUCUUUUCAUCUUGUCUAUUUGGACUAAACUGUGCAAUUCUCUAUUAAUGCUAAUAUUCCAAAAUUCAUGUUUAAGUAAGUAAACCCUUAUUGUACAUAACUAAGCUGAUUUAGUCAUUUUUUGUCAAUUCUGCUAUUUUACCAUAUUUUUCAUUCAAUUUUAAAUUAACUGUUUAGUGAAUAAAUCCCAGAAUUUGAACAAGUUAUAACAAUAUGUAACAAGGACUCAAUGAAUUUCUACAUCAAUAAUACAUGGUGCAGUUUAAAAGGUUGGGUGUUGUGUGUUGUGUUCAUAGUAUUCACCAAUGAAUCGUCAAAGAAUCAAUACAAGAUCACUGACAUAAAGCAAAACGUUCACUAUCUCAUCUGGAUGACGUGUUCGACAGGAGGAGGAGAAAGCACUGGGCAUCAUGAGCGUCAAAUAUUUAUUGACUCGCAAGGUCAGAACUUCAGACAAUCAAACAGAUAUUGAUGAAUGUCUUUUCAAAUAUGUGACCGUUUCCAUGUUUAAUUAGAAUAGCCUUUAAAAAAAUUACGACUCAAAAAUGCAUUUGUUUUUACCACUGGAUUACAGCUGCAGUGUCACAUUAGAAUUCCCCACCAACUGUUCUACAAUGUGUGAUUUUAAAACUAUUACUCGACUUUUCUGAUCCCGUUUGAAGGAUUACAAGACAAUGAGUAAGAAAAUCUUUAAUAUAUGAUUAAUCCAUCCUUUGCAGAAAAUAAACAAAAAUUGGAAGGUAUUGCUGAAAAAUUUAAAUUCUGUAUAUUUACAGAAUUUUACUUUUUUUUGGUAUCCUUGAACCGCAAAUGCUCCAGAAAAAAACUGUGAAUAGCUCCUGGUGGACCAUAGUAAGUUGUCAAACCAUUCACAGACUUUUUGACUACUUGCCCUGGGAAGGAGCCAGGGUACUUCUGGCACCAUAGCCACUACAGCAGAUUGCAGUAGUUAUGGUGCUUGGAGUGCUCCUUUAAAAGGAUACACAAAGUACCAUAGCCACUACAGUCCCCGCGCUCCAGUUACAUGUCCGCAUUAACCGUUUCAAUUGUGUGCUAAUUUAUAUAGCAUUCAAUGUCUGAGUACUUCAGCUGAUGUGAUUCAGUGAUCAGCAUUUUUCAGAUCAAGGGAGGGCCACAAGCCCCCAAAAACAAAAACCUCAAUUAAAUCAUUUUUGAAUAAGCUUUUCAAAUGAUCACAAAACUUUUCAAAUGAUUUAUCUAAGGAAGCCCUCAUUAAAAUGGAUUGUAAUCACCUGGAAAGUUUAUCCAAAAGACAUAAAUGGAUACUUACGAUCUGAGAUCGAUCAUUGAGUGAACAGUAUUCAUUUUCCUAGUAAAUCUAACAUGACAUUUAUUUGUGUACUUCAUUCCCAAGAGUCCAUGAAAAUAGUUUUGAUUCUUACGCUGGUACCAGUAAUAUUGAUAACUUGCGCCUGUGCAAUCCCAUCAGCGAGACGAAGGUAACAUAUAUGUAAUCUCUUAAAAAAAUUGUGUAAUGAUUGUAUUAAAUUGGUGGUAAACAAAAAUCUUUGUAUUUUACUUAUAUAAGUGUAUCACAGUAAUGUACAGUGUGUAUGGGUGUAUCACAGGGCUCUACAACAAUGACGUUCACAAUAAUGCAUAUUGCAAAGCAGUAUAAUUUUUUUUUUCUACAUAGACAUUGCCAAUCAAUUGUCACUAUAACUCACUAACUAACCUUAAAAUAAACGUGGCAAUUAAACAAACUGAAAAAGUAGUUAUAGUAGUAAGUCAAAAGCAAUGUGUACCGUUCACAUACCAAGCACAGGUUAUGUAUGAUUCAAGGAGAUCAUCUGUACACGUCUCCUUAAACACAGUGCUCUAGGGUUGAAACAAAGACUAAAGCAGGGGUGCCCAAGAGAUAGAUCCCCAGAUGUUCCAGAACUACAACUCCCAUAAUACUUUGCACGUUCAUACAUACCUUAACAUCUGGGGAUCUACCUUUUAGGAACCCCUGGCCUAAAGUCCAUCAACCUUGAAACCCAUAAUUUUAUGCUGUUGCAGCUGCUACAAAUAUCUGGAUUGUGCAUGGAUAAAGAUGAAGACUGUUUUUUAAAUAUUAUUUAAACCGCUAACCAUUUUAGAGGAACAUUAAUACUACAUUGUUUUUUUCUAAUCAAUAAAUUGUAUUCAAAUCAUGACUCUCAUAAAAAUUUAAAAAGAAAAAAAUUGAAAUUGGGUGUUGAUUUCCAACUUUUCCCAAUUGUAUUCUCUACGAUUUUCUCACCAGGCUUUUGUACUACCUGUAUGGCAUACUUUCUCGAUGGGAUGUAAAGACAGUCCCAGACCCGGCUAACUCGAACUGGGCUAAACAAUACAUAGAAAACAAGGUAACUAUCCCUGUAUUACAGUCAUCCAGAAAGGGUGAAUCCUAUUUUAUGGCCAUAGAUGUUUUGAAGAGACAUCUGAUGCAGACUGGGCUACAUUUCACUUUUAUAUUUUCAACCAUUUGCUUUUUUAAAGGUUUUGUAAAAAAAUUUCCAGGAAUAGAAAUGGACAGAGUUGGUAGUAUCGACACAUUAGUUACCAAGUCUACACCCCUCCUCCACCUACUGAUAAUGGACAUGACAGAGCUAGUUCAAUAUGGGGGGUCCAACUCAAAACCUGUUAAUUCAAGCAUUUGUUUUGCUAGAUGUCCUGAAUUUUAACCGUUGAGGAAAUAAAUGGCUUAUUAAUAAAGCAUAAGACGGAUUGGAAUAUUCUUCAAUAUCACCCAAAAAGAAUACGUAAUAUAAUUUUCUUGAUAAAAAUUUAAAAAAUGUAUACUCACAAUGCAAACAGCAGAGCUUUUAUAAAAAUAAAAAAAAAUCUUGACUGGUGGUACAGCUUAAUAAUGUUACAUGAAGAGAGGGUCCUUUCUCCACCAUUCCAUAUAGCUAUGACUAUAAAUUCGCUGUUAACUAAAAUUCUGGCCAUUUAAGGACAGACGAGGCUUGGUACACUUCCAGACUUCUCAUAGUACAGGAUAGCAAAUUACCAUCUGUUACUCUACUCAUUAGACAUCUAUACUUCAUAUGAAUAGGAAAAGUAUAUAUAAUAGUCUACAGUCUGUAGAACAAUCAGACCCUGUGAAUUACAUAGUUUGACGAUGUCCUCAAAGUAAACAGAGGGAUAUUUCCUUACUCAACAACUUUACAAAAACGUACUUAUAGGGAACACUACUUAUGACAGAUUGAUAUUUGUAUUCUUAGAUUGGGCUAAAUAAACUGUGACUGCCACCAGAUAGCUAGGCAGUGGUUGGAAUACGUUCCCGAAUGUGAUUUACCAAGCUGAUAUUGGGUCUGUGAUGGCGCCACCUUCAAGGCUAGAGCAUGGUGUCGUGGUCUUAGUCUGCAUUUACUUCAACAAAGAAAUUUGUGGAUUCUGCUUUUUUUUAAAAAAAAUUAAAGUAUGUGUGAAAUGCAAUGUAAAUCCACUGAAAAGUGCUAUUAACCAAAGAAAAAGUUACUUGCACACUAUCCUAAAUCCCCAUGCACAUAUAAAUAACUGGAGGUUCUUAGUAUCACUCCAAUGGCCAUAAAAGUGUAAGGUCACCCGCCAUGUCAUGGUACAGUGUUGCCGCCCACCCCUUGUGUUAUUAAAGGUUAAUAAGUGUGUAGGGGCUUAGAAAAACACCCCUUUCUGUCUCAGAGAUUUUACCUUUUAGCUGAAAGCUGUGAUGGGAAUUGUUAGUGUAGGAUUCACUUAUGAGGUUUUGCCUUGACGUGACAGGUGAGCUUACACUUAAAUGGCCAUUGGAGUGACACUUAAAAAAUAAAUAGUUAUUUAAAUGUGCAGGGAUUUGGGAUAAUGUACAAGUAACUCCGUAUAGGGAGAGGUAUUAGCAGUAGAAAGAGGGAAGUGCUCAUGCCAUUAUACAGAACACUGGUGAGACCUCACUUGGAGUAUUGUACACAGUACUGGAGACCGUAUCUUCAGAAGGAUAUUGAUACUUAUAGAAAUUUCAGAGAAGGGCUACUAAACUGGUUCAUGGAUUGCAGGAUAAAACUUACAAGGAAAGGUUAAAGUAACUUAACAUGUAUAGCUUGGAGGAAAGACGAGACAGGGGGAUAUGAUAGAAACAUUUAAAUACAUAAAGGGAAUUACAGUAAAGGAGGAGACUAUAUUUAAAAGAAGAAAAACUACUACAACAAGAGGACAGUCUUAAAUUAGAGGGGCAAAGGUUUAAAAAUAAUAUCAAGAAGUAUUACUUUACAGAGAGGGUAGUGGAUGCAUGGAAUAGCCUUGCAGCUGAAGCUGUAGAGGUUAACACAGUAAAGGAGUUUAAGCAUGCGUGGGAUAGGCAUAAGGCUAUCCUAACUAUAAGAUAAGGCCAGCGACUAAUAAAAAUAUGUAGAAAAUUGGGCAGACUAGAUGAGCCGAAUGGUUCUGAUCUACCGUCAUCAGGGCCAGACUGGCCCACUGGGAUACCAGGAAAUUUCCCGGUGAGCCGUCGGCACCUGGGGCCGGGCAGACAGAUGGGUGUGCUGGCGGCCGCAGGGAGAGCUCUGAUGGCGGCCAGAGGGGGAGCUGGCUGUUCUGUCUCUGCUCCCCUGCCCUCGUGCACUUCUUAAUGAGACCGGGGCCGGAAUAUGACGUCAUAUUCCGGCCCGGUCUCAUUAAGCUGCGCACUGGGGAGCAGAGACAGAGCAGCCAGCUACCCCUGCGGCCACCAUCAGAGCUCUCCCUGCGGCCGCCAGCACACCCCUCUGUCUGCCCACAGGUAGCAACAAUUAUGUGUGUCAGUCUGUCAGUGGGAGUGUAUGUAUGUGUGUGUUUCUGUGUCAUGGUGUGUGUGUGUGUCUGUCUGUGUCAUGGUGUGUGUCUGUGUCAUGGUGUCUGUCAUGGUGUAUGUGUGUGUGUGUGUCUGUGUCAUGAUGUGUGUGUCUGUCAUGGUCUGUCUGUGUCAAGGUAUAUGUGUGUGUCUGUUUUUAAAAAUAGUAUUUUUACUCACCUUUUUUUUUUUUUAAAGUCAUGCUGGUCUCCCCUCGACUGGUCCUGCCUCCAUGGCUGAGAUCAUCAAGUUUGAUGAUCUCAGCCAAUCCGCACUGACACAGGAAUCACCUCUGGUGACCGUCUGAGUGUCUGUCACUAGAAAGCAAUGAAAAGUCAGUGUUUACAUUGAAAAGCCUGCAGGGACAGGCUAUAGACAUCAGAACCACUACAUUAAGCUGUGUGUGUGUGUGUGUGCACCUGCUAGUGAGUGAGCUUGCUUGCAUGUGUGCGUGUGUGUGUGCCUGCUGUUACUCAAUCAUCUGGGGUGGCAAGACAUAGCCUUACAUAUUACAUGCGACAAUAUAUGGCGCAAUGACUUAUGGGGCUGUCAGAUUUUUUUCCAGGGCUGCUUUGUAUCCCCAGUCAGGCCCUGACCAUCACAUUCUAUGUUUAUUGUAUGUCGUGGCAGAUGUGUACUAUAGUCAUUGCUGCCGCCCAGGAGUGGGAGUUUGAGUGCAGGAUUCAAUUUUGUAUAUCUGUAUACUACAGAUUACUUACUUAUACUUGUAUAUACUUACAUUACUUACUUAUAUAACUUGUAAUUGUCAUCAGAGCUAGAACUGUUCUCAUUAAUAGAGGAAAAAAUGCUAGACUCUGCUUUUGCCAUUCUAUAGACACUGCAGUCAUUUUGCAUGUAGAUGUUCCAAUGUCAGCAGUAGGAUAGGUCCCUGGUCAGUGUGAGCAAUAUUACAAUCCAGCAAUGACUGCAGCAAUACCAUCUAAUAGGAAACAAUGGUUUAAUGGUAGCACACACAGAGUUUAACAGUAAUGUUUUGGUUGUCAAACCUUCAUCAGAGAAUAGAAUUUUGCACUUCUACUCACAGGGUCACCCCAGAGCAGGUAUUCUAUCAGCAGGUGCUCCUUCAGCCUGGCUUAGUGAUUCAAUACACCCCCACCAUAUAAAAAAGACCUGUUCUGGAUUGGUGCUGGAAAAUUCUGGACCAUGCGCUAAACAACAUGGAAGAAAUAGCCCACAUUCACAGUAAAUCCCCAGAGUACUCAGCCAUUAGGUAGUAUAUUAUACUUUCCCAUCUUAUAAAAAAAUACCAUUAAACAGCAAAGUAAAAAACAUUGUCCUACACCUUAUAUCUCUUAAUUUAACUUCACACACAAUUAAUUCAUAACCAUUAUUAGAUGUACUGUAGUGCUCUUUUGCCCCCUAGUGGAUAGAAUUAUAAUAGACACUCAAAGCUCUACCUCUUUCUCUUUAGAAGUUACCCAGGUGCAGAUCCUACACAUUAGACAUGUCACACAGAACUCCAACUCCAAUGAUGCUGUGGCCAUCAAUGGCGUUCAUAGAAUUCUAGGAGGGCCAGAGUUUCAGAUCCCUGCUAGAAGUUGUCAGAUGCCCAAGAUUUACAGAUAGAAAACCAAGAAGAAAAAGAAACAAAAACACCAUUGAAACAAAUGUAACCAGAUAGUGUAUUUUAUAUGUACACAUGGCAAUUGCUAGACUUAUAGAAUUCUGACCCAGUUUUCUUUCAGUGGAAUCUCGAAAAACCCACAAACCCUCAGGUGGUUAAGUUGGUAACCUACACAUGCUCCUUCGGGUAGAGACUCCACUAUUCAAAGUGCACCUCUAAUGCUUAACAUGACAGGCUUGGGUUAUUCCCUGUGAAUUCUCCCUUUACUGAAUAACCCUGUGUAUAUCACUGGAAAACCUCUGAAAGUUAUCCAUUAUAUAUUGAUUUGAACUUCCUAGGCUUCACUGCAAUGCCAUUGGCAUGCAGGCGGCAUAGACAAAAAUACCCCACACACACACAGAAAACAAAAAAAGUCUAGAUUUGGUUUUCUGUAACUAUUAACACGCUCUCUCAAAAUCAUUAUUAUAGGAGAUAAUGGAUUUCAUGUAUAAAAACUUGUUGGAAACCUCCAAUUAUGAUGAAACAGAGACCCUGGAAAUUAAGGAGAUUGACAGUGAAGAAGAAAUUCUGCCUUUGACGUCUCAAUUGUCUGUUGAUAGUGUCGAAGAUGAACAAACAACGUUAUCAAGCACAGAUGAUUCCAUUCCACCACCUACAGAGGAUAACUUACUCAUACAGCCAAAAAUUUUGUUGCAACCUCACGACCAAGACUUGUACAAGACUCUAAGACCUGAAGAGCCUGUCCAGUGUGACACAUCGGAUUACUUGGUCAAUCAGGACAUUACUAUUGAUUAUUUACCAACGCACAUGCUUGACAACACAGAGGACAUGAGUGACGAUGAACAUUUCCCAACUCAGUUUGUCAUCCCUACCCAAUUUGUGGCAGAAGGAAAACUACGCUUGGACACCGUGAGGAUCAACUGCCAUUCUUUUAUCGAGUAAAGACUGGGAAUAACUACAUAAAAUCUGGCAUUAACCAUACUAUCGGAAAAUAUUUUAUAAAGUAUUUAUUUGGGACCAAGUACCGAGUAGGAUUACUUGACGAUCAGCAUUGACGACACAUGAAGGAUUAUUUGUAAAUAGAGAAAUUGCCUUUUUAAAAAUAAAAAGGGUUUUUUUCAGGA